UCUACUAUCACUUCGGUUCCUCAUCAGGUGUGAGGUCAUGAACCCACUGGUGAUUGUAAAUUUUGACAGGCUACUUGAGCAAAAUUUUCAAACCAGGUUUAUGUCUAUAUACCAUGUCCUCAUGUCAAUGCAGGUAAACCCUUCUUCAUUCUCUCCAACUCGUGUUUGUAGCCCAGACUACGAUCAUUCUUCUGUCCAGUUUGAUUUGUCUAUGCAGCAGGAAAUUUGUGGAAUCCCGGUCCCUCAUCGCUCCCUUCUGAUUCCAAGAAUUUUCGAAGCUAAAUAUAGACACGUCGAUGCUGAUAAAAUGUACUUUACUGAUGGAUCACUUAUAGAGGAAUCAACAGGAUUUGGAGUGUUCAACGAAAUAUCUAGCGCCUCUUACAGCCUCGAGUCACCAUGCUCUGUGUAUAUAGCAGAGUUAGCAGCUAUUCAUUGUGCUUUGGACAGUAUAGCUUCAAGGCCAGUUGGGCACUACUUUAUUGUAACGGAUAGUCUGAGUUCUGUUCAAGCAAUCCACUCAAUAAAACCGGGAAAGCACUCGCCAUACUUCUUCGAGAAGAUACGGGAUAGUUUGAGUGCUUUAUCAAAACGUCGCUUUAUCAUCACCUUUGUUUGGGUUCCCUCUCAUUGCUCGAUAGAGGGUAAUGAGAAGGCAGACUCUCUGGCAAAGGUGGGGGCGAUGGAAGGCGACACGUACCAGCGUGAAAUUGCCUUCGACGAAUUUUACUUUUUAGUUCGAAGAAACUCUCUUGUCAACUGGCAGCGCAAAUGGGACGAGGAUGACAAGGGUCGGUGGCUGCACUCGAUUAUCCCAAGGGUAAGUCUUAAACCAUGGUUUAAUAGAUUGGACCUGAGUCGAGAUUUUAUUCGUAUAUUUUCCCGUCUCAUGUCCAAUCAUUAUUCCUUAGACGCGGUACUCUAUCGUUUGAAUAUUGCUAGCAGCAAUUUGUGUAGUUGCGGCCAAGGUUACCACGACAUCGAGCAUAUUGUUUGGUCGUGCGAGGUCCAUCUUGUCGCUAGAACGAAUUUAAUAGACUCCCUAAGGGCCCGAGGAAAACCACCCUAUGUUCCAGUGAGAGAUGUGCUGGGUUGAACUAGAUAUAAGCACACAAUUGUUAUCAAACAAAACGAGUUUGGCUCCUUAAAGCCUAAAGGAAAAUUGUACUACAACAACGUUCGUCACCUAACGAGCUGCUGGUGAAGCAGACAAAGGCAGCUGUAAUCAAAACUGUUGCAGCUCUCUGGUUUGGUGCGAUACCACUAUUGAUACCUCCGAGUGUGGUGGCCAAUAUCCUGCACUCUCCUGAUCACCGCUAUAGCAAUUCGCGUACCUACGUCGUUUUCGGGCGUUACUCCUGGUCCAGAUCAACCAAAAAUGUGUCUUCAGUUUGGAUCAAUUCAUGGCUGAGACGUUUGCAGUUUCUGAAGACCCCGGAAGAACCGCAGGAAACGGUCGAAAAACUCAAUUAUAAAAAAAAAUAUUGAUGCAAAAAACGAUUA